AUGGCUUCCACUCGUGUCGUUGCUAUUGUCUUGGUCUUGCUUCAGAUUAUUAGCCUAUUUUGUAUGGUGAACGCAAUUGGCAAUGAACGAACGGCCAAUGAUCUAAUAGGUCGAUUCAAGCGGCAGUACUACCCAUACGGUGGCAGUUACAACUAUGGUGGUGGUGUUGAUAACAACUACGGAGGAACUGAUAUUGGUUCGAUCAAUGUCGAUAAUACGGAUAUUACCGUAUGA